CCUGUAGAAGUAUGACGAUUGGCGGCUUGGCCCAGUGAAUUGCCUGCCGCCAACACUCCCGUCGCGUUAUGUACUUGUGAGACUUGGCGCUAUCAAUCACUCGAACUUCGACCUCGAAUUCCACCGGCAACAACCUUUUUUUUUUUUGGUUCUCUUCCUGUCCGUAGGAAACCAAACCCUCAACUGUGCGCAACAUCAAUAUUGUGAAACUACAAUCACCGAAUACUCUACGCCCUGCGCGUACUUUGACCUACACACGACAAGAACAUGAGCAAAUCCGAAUUUCACCGUGCCGAUGAGCGACGCUUCCUCGACGAGCGUGGCUCCUCAGGCCCGCUCGCUCCCAACGGCCUCAACCCGGCCACCAUAAUGGAAAAAGCGGUUCGGGAACGCAUCAUCGACAGUUACUUCUACAAGGAGCAGUGUUUCGGUGUCAACGAAGCAGACAUUGUGGAUCGCGUUGUCGAGCACGUUGACUUCAUUGGCGGCGUCUAUGGCACCGUCCAGAAGCCCUCGCCCUUCCUCUGCCUGGCCUUCAAGCUGCUGCAGCUCGCGCCCUCAGACGACAUCCUCAACGAGUAUCUACAAUUUGGCGGCGAAAAGUUCAAGUAUCUACGCGCGCUGGCGCUGUUUUAUAUCCGUCUCACGAGGAAGGACCAGGAUGUGUACAAGACGUUGGAGCCGUUUCUAGAGGACAGGCGGAAAUUGAGGCGGAAGGGUAGAAACGGCACUAGUCUGACGUAUAUGGAUGUCUUUGUUGAUGACCUAUUGACCAAAGAUCGCGUUUGCGCGACGAGUCUGUGGAAGAUGCGGAAGCGAGACAUCCUGGAAGAUCUGGACAUACUUGAACCACGGGUCAGUCCCUUGGGGAACAUAGAAGACCUCCUAGAAGAGGAGGAUGAGGCAAUGCGCAAGGCAGAGGAGGAGCAGAAUAGCAACGGCAGCGAAAGCGAGGGAGAGGUCAGAUCAAGGACACGGUCAAGAUCGCGUACGCCUAGGUCUAGGUCGAGGUCGACAUCUUAUUCGCGGUCCCGAUCGCCGGUGACGAGGAGAAGGUCAAGGACGAGAUCGAGGUCAAGAACACCGGAAGACCGCAAUGGCAGGGAAAGAAUGGAUAUCGACGGACCAGAGUAACGCCAGCGGACUC